GCUUCACACAGGCGCAGUUCCACCAAACAUCAUCAAAGUUCCAUGCCAGGCAGCAAAAUAGCAGAACUAAUCAUCUAUCCAACAUUCGUGGUCUUUAAGAAGCAGCUGACAGUCCGAUUAAUUCCAAGAUUGUGUUCUCUUGCGACCCAUUCCCGCUUCUAGUACCGAUACUGCGUAUCAUGAUACCCAUCCAUCAGGUCCUGCGCAUUCUGUAUACCUAGAUACCUCAGGUGCCUGGGUAGUUAUUUACAUCAUCAGUGUAACUAACUGUCUUUUAUAUCCCAUCAGCUACAAGUGUAACAAGACACCUACAAGGUGAUGCGUUGAGGCAUCUCAGUCCCAUUGCUUUCUUUCUUUCUUCCUUCCUUCCUCCCUUCCUUCCUCCGUCCACUCCUCAUUCUCGUCCCGUUACUAUCCCUAGGUAGUCAAACGGUAUCUUUAACGCAAACCGGAAAACUGCUCUCAGAGCAAUUCCUUGACCGAGGAAAUCAAUCCUUCGGCCAUGUCUAUAGUUGAGGAGAAGAGGAAGCAGGCUGCUCGUUGGGCAAAACGAGAUGCCCUUGGGCCCACACCACGGAGUCGGUCCCGGACCGGCUCAGAUAACGCUCCAGGCCUCGUUGUAACCGGUGACAGCCAACACUAUAAUAAUGGCUUCCUUCCUGACGACCCCGGUCUAGUCGCCGACGAAGAUGUGCCUCCCGCCUACAGCGAAGUCCAUGACCGGCUGAAUAUCCACCAGGCCGGCUUCAAUGCUGGCGCUGCUGUCACAGAUGAUGGCCGAGUCAAUAUCAACAUAAAUCAGACCAGCAGACACCUUGCCGAUCUUAUAGCGCCUACUCUGCGCAAUCAACUGAGACAUGAAGCGGAAAUCUCUGGUACUAAGCCCCUACCACCCCCUUACAUCCCCCCGAGCCUCGGCGGCCAGCCUGGACAGACGCCUCCUCCUCGGUUAAAUGUCGUAAUACAGAUUGUCGGGUCGCGAGGCGAUGUUCAGCCCUUUGUCGCUCUCGGCCAGGUAUUAAAGAAUACUUACGGUCAUCGCGUUCGGGUUGCCACCCAUGCCACAUUUCAGCAGUUCAUCAUCGAGAAUGGCUUAGAAUUUUUUGCAAUUGGAGGCGACCCCGCUGAACUCAUGGCAUUCAUGGUUAAGAAUCCCGGCUUGAUGCCUGGAAUUGAUGCGCUGAAGAAUGGGGAGAUUACCAAACGAAGAAAGGGCAUCGCAGAGAUUGUCAUGGGAUGUUGGAGAUCCUGCAUCGAGACUGGCGACGGUCUUGGGCCUGCUCCACGUUUCAGUCGUAGAGACGAGGAUAUCCCUUCUGAUGUAAUCCCUGUUAUGGGCGAUUCAAGACACAGACCGUUUGUCGCGGAUGUCAUCAUCGCUAAUCCGCCAAGCUUUGCGCACAUUCAUAUCGCAGAGAAACUUGGGGUGCCUCUACAUUUGAUGUUCACCAUGCCCUGGUCUCCAACAAGGGCCUUCCCACAGCCGCUUGCUAAUAUUCAGUCAUCCAACACUGACCCAGUAACAACCAACUACUUGUCAUAUGCUAUGGUUGAGAUGAUGACAUGGCAAGGACUUGGAGACGUAAUCAAUCGCUUCCGGACUAAAAUUCUCGACCUCGAUCCUCUCCCGUUAAUCUGGGCACCAGGCGUCAUAACCCGCCUCCAAAUACCCUACACAUAUUGCUGGUCCCCGGCCCUUAUUCCUAAACCCAACGAUUGGGGUAAUCACAUAGACAUCGCCGGUUUUUACUUCUUGAAUUUAGCUUCAUCGUAUGUCCCAGACCCUGCGCUUGCAGAAUUUCUGGCGGCUGGACCGCCACCAAUCUAUAUCGGAUUUGGCUCUAUUGUCGUUGAUGAUCCCGAUGGGCUUACCAAGAUGAUCUUCGACGCUGUGGCCGCAACUGGUGUUCGCGCUCUCGUCUCAAAAGGCUGGGGCGGUCUUGGUGCCGACUCCAUGGGAGUACCUGAAGGUGUCUUCAUGCUUGGUAAUGUGCCGCACGACUGGCUAUUCAAGAAGGUUUCAGCUGUGUGCCACCAUGGAGGUGCUGGAACCACAGCCGCCGGGAUUCAGGCCGGCAAGCCUACUAUUGUCGUCCCUUUCUUCGGAGAUCAGCCAUUUUGGGGUGCUAUGGUGGCGAGGGCUGGCGCAGGCCCAGAUCCUAUACCCUACAAGAAACUGACUGCAGAAGGUCUUUCCGAGGCCAUAACUAUCGCACUCAAACCGGAGACGCAAGAGAAAGCGAAAAUUCUGGGGGAGAAAAUCCGUGAGGAAAAGGGUGCUGAUAUAGGGGCUCAAAGCUUUCACAAACACCUCGACGUGGAUACUCUAAGGUGUUCUGUUUCACCUAGUCGAGUGGCUGUCUGGCGGGUGAGGCGAAGUCAGAUACGUCUCAGUGCAUUCGCGGCUGCCACUCUCGUAAAUAGUGGCUAUAUUCAAUACUCGGACUUGAAACUCUUCCGCGCAAAGGAAUACGAAACAGACAACCACCCUACUGACCCUAUUUCGGCUUGUGCCUCGGCUUUAGUUGGCGACUUCACCACCAUUGCAAUGUCUGCAGCAGACAUUCCCCGAGAUCUUUUCAAGGCGGCGAAGAGCAUACCAAUAAGUAAAUCAACAGAGAAUACCGAUACUGAUGCUUCCCCAAAUCUCUCGAAAGAAGAAGCAGCGACACCAAGUACGUUGGACCAUAGAGACUCACUGUCCAGCAGCAUUCUUUCGAAUACACCUACGAUGCGCACGUCAAAUACGGGUGGUUCAAGCAAUACAGCAAUCACGGCUGCAACAUCGAUCCCACAAUCCGAUACUCGUGACCAAGGAAGUAGUAGCACGCGUGCGGCGAGAGCCGAGUCGAUGUCCAAUGAACGCAUGCAUGCGCAGCUGGAAAAGGUAUUGGAUACCAGUAUUAGCAUCAACAACAUCAUAUCUGCCGGUGUCAAGACUCCAAUGAACUUCUGCAUGGGACUCGCGAAAGGUUUCAGGAAUGCACCAAAGCUUUACAAUGACGACACUGUUCGGCCUGCAGAGAAAGUUACUGGCUUUAGUAGCGGUCUGAAAGUCGCAAGCAAGGAGUUUGGGCUCGGGAUGUAUGACGGUAUCACUGGAUUGGUGACUCAGCCUCUCAAAGGCGCUGAAAAGGAGGGUGGUGCAGGGCUCAUCAAGGGAUUUGGUAAAGGUAUUGGUGGCUUAGUCCUUAAAUCUGGCGCCGCCAUAUGGGGUAUACCUGCUUAUACUAUGGCUGGUGUGCAUGCGGAAAUCCGUACGUGGUUUGCCGAAAGUGCUCAGAAUUAUAUUAUUGCAUCUCGCAUAUCCCAAGGCAAUGAAGCCUUCAAAGACUCUUCGCCUGAGGAACGUGAUGAUACUGAAGUGCGCUGGCUCUGUUUGAGAGACGAAAUGAAGGGGUUCUAUGCCUUCAAACAAAAGAAGAAAGGCAAAUCAAGAGAUUCAUCACCUUCGGCCCCUUCGGCUGCUUCAGCCUCGGCUAGUACCGAGGACUUAGGCGAGAAGCCCAGGACACGAUGGCUCCAAGGUAGAAGUGGUUCUAGCAUAGAAGAGAGGCAGGUAUUACGGGAACGCAAAAACGCAUGGAAGAAAGCGCAAGCCGAAGGGCCGUUCGUCGAAGAAGAUUUGCGAAGCAUGUCUGGCCGUGAUAGUCCACCUGAACUAGGCGACGAAUUCGAAGCCGCUAUUCAAGCUGCGGUUCAGGAAACUUCGAAAGGAGAUGCAGCCGAAGAUGCUCAAGUUGAGAAAGCCAUUAGGUCCAGCGUACAGAUCAUGAAGAGGCGGUCAAUGAGGAAGAGCCCCUCUACCGAUGCCAGCAGACAACGUUCUGGAUUUAUUCCCGACAUAAAGCGUCCCGAUGGCGAGCAUACCUUCUUGCCCGAUGACCUUGAAAACAUCACAGAUGAAGAGUACCAGGCUCUGAUCGAAGAAGCAAUUAAGCUGAGCAUAGGGGAGAAUCAGCAACAAGCCAUCCGCAUGUAUGACGCCGAGGAAGACGAUGAGACCCCUGCCUACGACGAUGUGGAAUAUCAGAGAGCAAUCGCUGCCUCGCAAGCGGAACACGAGAUACGGAAGCAACACGAGCGCGAGGGCGCUGAAUUCGACGAAGAUGCAAUCCGCCAGGCCAUCGAAGCCUCCCAGGCCGAACAAAAGGUACCGCAACAAUUGUCAGCAGAUGACGAUGAAGAACUAAAGCGCGCACUCGAGGAAUCUGAAAAGGCGCAUCAGCAAGAAGUCGCGCGGAUGAACUCGUUGAAGUCGGAAGAAGACAUCGUCAUGGAAUACGUCAAGAAGCAGAGUCUCGCAGAGGCCGCGUUCCGUAAUGCACGGGGCGGCAAUGAGGACGAGGAGCUACGUCAGGCGCUGGAAGAGAGCAUGAAAACAGAGGGCGAGAUGCAGCGUGGUGGAGGUGGGGGUCCCUCGCGGUCAUGAAGAUGAAGAAACUGCAC